AUGAGGCAAAAGGAGGGAUUCGGCUUCUCCUGGGUUCUCCUCUGCUACUUCGCCGCCGCCGCCGCCGCCGCUUCCCUCCACCUCAUCGGAGCUCAGAACUAUGCCCCCACGGACAAAAUCCUUCUCAACUGUGGCGCCAGCACGGAUCUCAACGACACCGAUAGCCAGACGUGGCACCCGGACAACCAGGGCUCCAAGUACUUGCCCCCAUCGGGGAACUCCCUGACCGCCGCCGCGGCCUCUCAGAACCCUGGGGUCGCUCAGGUCCCGUUCAUGUCCGCCCGCAUCUUCCGGUCGAACUUCACCUACACUUUCCCCGUCGGUUCGGGCCACAAAUUCCUCCGCCUCUACUUCUACCCAGCUUCCUACGGCAACAAUCUCAACUCCACCGAUGCUCUCUUCUCCGUCUCCGCCGGCGGGUUCACCCUGCUCAACAACUUCAGCGCCGCCCAGACUGCAUCGGCCCUCAAUUGGGACGUCGUCGUGAAGGAGUACUCCAUCAACGUCGACGCCGGAUCCCUCAAUGUAACGUUCUCCCCAUCCACGACUUCUUCUAGAUCUUUCGCGUUUGUGAAUGGGAUCGAGGUUGUGUCCAUGGAUAACAUCUACGGAGAUCCCAAUGGAGCUCUGCCCAUCGUAGGACAGAGCGGUACUUAUUCCAUCGAUAACUCAUCGGCUCUGGAGAAUGUCUACCGCUUGAAUGUCGGCGGCAACGAUAUAUCGCCUUCCGGCGACACUGGGAUGCUCCGGUCGUGGAGCGAUGACCAGCUCUACAUCUACGGUGCGGCAAUUGGAGUUGCGGAGUCUGCUGAUCCUGGGACCAGCCUCAAAUUCCCUUCUGGAACCCCUUCCUACAUCGCCCCUGAGAAUCUCUACCUCACCGCGAGAUCCAUGGGUCCAGGGCCGCAAGUCAACCUGAAUUACAACUUGACCUGGAUAUUCAAUGUCGAUUCGGGCUUCAAUUACUUGGUCAGGCUCCAUUUCUGUGAGAUGUCCAAUAUCACGAAGAUAAACCAGAGGGUGUUCAAAGUCUACAUCAACAAUCGGACGGCAGAGGACGCUUUCGAUGUGAUUGCCUACGCCGGAAGUAGUGGUGUUCCGGUUCAUAAGGAUUAUGUUGUUCUGGUCGCCGGCGGAACCCCUCAGCAGGACCUUUGGUUAGCACUUAAUCCCAAUAACGCUUCUAAGCCAGAGUAUUACGACGCAAUCUUGAAUGGGGUCGAGAUAUUCAAGCUAAGCAGUCCAGCUGGUAAUCUAGCCGGCCCUAAUCCAAUUCCUCUCCCCAAGGUUAGGCAGGCAGCCAAGCAUUCCAAAAGCCGCGUUGCAGUGAUCGCCGGUUGCCUAUCAGCUGCUUUGGUCGUCGUCCUUAUUGCCGGUUUCUGCUUCGUUAAUGCAUCUCGUCGCCGUAGGCAAGGGAAGGAGCCGAAUUCGAGCGAUGGUCCAUCCGGCUGGCUUCCACUCUCUCUAUACGGCAACUCGCACUCAGCAGGUUCAGCCAAGACAAACACAACAGGAAGCUAUGCCUCUUCUCUGCCAUCGAACCUCUGCCGCCACUUCUCCUUUGCUGAGAUCAAGGCCGCCACCCACAACUUCGACGACUCUCGCGUCCUCGGAGUAGGAGGCUUUGGUAAAGUGUACAGGGGAGAGGUGGAUGGCGGGACGAUGAAAGUGGCGAUCAAGCGUGGCAACCCGUUGUCUGAACAGGGCGUCCACGAGUUCCAGACCGAGAUAGAGAUGCUCUCCAAGCUCCGCCAUCGCCACCUUGUUUCCUUGAUCGGAUACUGCGAGGAGAACUGCGAGAUGAUCCUGGUGUACGAUUACAUGGCCUAUGGAACAUUGCGCGAGCACCUGUACAAGACUCAGAAGCCUCCCUUGCCGUGGAAGCAACGGCUCGAGAUCUGCAUUGGCGCUGCCCGUGGCCUCCACUACCUCCACACGGGUGCCAAGCAUACGAUCAUUCACAGGGAUGUCAAGACGACCAACAUCCUGUUGGACGAGAAGUGGGUGGCGAAAGUUUCCGACUUCGGGCUGUCGAAAACCGGGCCGUCUCUGGAUCACACCCACGUGAGCACGGUGGUGAAGGGGAGCUUCGGGUACUUGGACCCGGAGUACUUCAGGAGGCAGCAGCUGACGGAUAAGUCCGAUGUGUACUCUUUCGGGGUGGUCCUGUUCGAGUGUCUGUGUGCUCGGCCAGCAUUGAACCCUACCUUGGCGAAGGAGCAAGUGAGCUUGGCUGAGUGGGCUGCCCACUGUCACACCAAGGGGAUGCUGGAACAGAUUCAGGACCCUUACUUGAAGGGGAAGAUAGCCCCCGAGUGUUUCAAGAAGUUUGCCGAGACAGCAAUGAAGUGCGUCUCUGAUCAAGGAAUCGAGAGGCCUUCGAUGGGUGACGUGCUGUGGAACUUGGAGUUUGCGCUGCAGUUGCAGGAGAGUGCCGAGGAGAGCGGGAAGGUGUGUGGCGGAGGUGGGAUCGAUAACGAGGAGGAGCCGUUUACCGGGUGUGGUGGGGGGAAGAAGGACCCGAACGAGGAGUCGCCUGGGUUGGAUGGUACACAGACGAGUGGGAUGAGCAUGAGCAUUGGUGGGAGGAGCCUUGCGAGUGAAGAUUCGGAUGGGCUGACUCCCAGCGCGGUGUUCUCGCAGAUCAUGAACCCUAAGGGGCGUUAG